GAGUUAAAAGUAGCCUCAACUCAUUCCUCACACACACACACACACACACACACACAUACACACUUUUCUCACACUUCUACUCAACACUACCUUUCCUCAUCCACCCUCUGAACUUUCCUCUGUGUAUUCUAUCCUCUACACAAACACUGUCUCUUUUCCUCCUCCUCCCUCACUCACUUGUGCUCUCUGUCUCAUACUGGUUGGGUGUGUGUGUGUGUGUGUGUGUGUGUGUGUGCAGUAGAUAGAGGAAGUGUUACUCGGCGUGUCACUCUCUCUCUCUCUCUCUCUCUCUCUCUCUCUCUCUCACAGUUGUCUUCUUGUGCAUGGCGACAUAACCCACACUCAACGAAACAGCGACCCCCAGCAGUGACAUCAUCAUGCUCACAUAAUGGCGUUGUGGGUAAGCUCUAGUGACUGCAGCAGCAUGGACUCAGCAGAAGUUGCGGCUCUCGACUCAGAAAUCUACCGCAGCCUGCAGGCCAUCCUGAGAGAGCUGGACACCUCACAGCCCGCGGCGAAUAAAGGAAUGCUGAGAUGGACUUUGCAUAAGAAGGUGCAGCGUGAUCCUCAGAAGAGUCUUGCUUUGGUUCGAGUGACCAUCAAAGAGCUGGAGAGAGCUGAGAGAGUGGACCUGAAAACACACAUCAUCCCACUGUUACACACUCUCAUGUAUGCCGUCUUACAGGCAGUCUACAUCCCUGAUGAUGUGUAUAAAAGGCUUUACGAGUCGUGUAAGAGGAUGCUGACUCUGCCUGAGCCGUUCUGCUCUGUAGGACUCAAUUACACGAGACAGUUAAAGACAGAGAGAGCCACACCAGGACUACUGUAUUUGAAGAAGCUUAUGGCUGAACACAAUCUGAAGAAUGAAAAUCAUCCUGUACAGGAGCGUGUGUUUGUGUUUGUAGACCCAGCAGUGUUCUCAGAGUCUCUAUGCUUGGUGUUGAAGGAGGAUCUGGAGGCUGAGGGUCGGACGGAGACGCAGCUCGACUACAUGCGGCAUGUGGUGCAGCACCUCCUACAGGCCACACUGGGAGAGGACAACUGUCACGGACCAACACUCGCACGCGCCUUGGAGGAGCUGCAGCAGGAUGUAGAGAUUUAUUUCUAUGAGGUUUUAGACUGUGUUGAACAAAACGAAGAAAAUGACCGAACACAGCGACUCCAACAGCUCUACACACAGCUGCUGCUCAGCACCGGCAAAGAUCCAUUGUGCCAUGGUUGUCUGGCUGAUGUUUCACUUCCCAAUCCGGAUAUGAGCUUCCACGUGUGGUGGGAGGAAGAAGACCUCUGGAGACAACUGGCGAAAUUUGUGCGCAGCAGCUCCACCGAUAACUUCUGCAUCUCCAUGGAGGAUUUCGACAUGUCUGAGUUUUCACCCUACAUGGACUUGGACAUGCCACGUCACUCCAUCCUCUCCACAGACAGCGGGAUCGAACGUGACUUGCCACAGGGCUCAGACUCAGAGACGAAGGGCACAUGGCGUCUGUUGAGGCGCGGAGGGAUGAAGGUGAAGCCCUCGGUGACGGACAGCAUGGCGUUCUUACAGGAUGCUUUAGUCAGCGGGAGCACUUUCCUCAAACAGCAGCAACAUCAGAGACACUUCACCGCUAACAUCGUAGUGAUGGGGGACGACCGUAUACUCGGGAGACUCGCCAGGGCGUACUACAGACUCAGGAAAAGAGAAGCACGGAGACUUUUUCUGACCAUCAAAGUGAAUAUACAGAUGUUUUAUAUCCCCGUGUCCACGCAGCAGCUGUCCUCUCCCACCACGGAGAGUGUGUGUCUGCUGGACUCUAACCCGUGUGUGUUGGGUUCGUAUCUGGGGAAGGUGGACCCCUGGUACGAGUGUAACAUCAUCAGUCUGGGUCACAUGAUCCCCAAACUCGCCACCGUGUGUGACUCCAGUAGACCACACGAGCCCAACCCUUUUUUAGCUGAUGUCAUUUCCUAUUAUGUGCGAAUGGGACAGCAGCCAGUUUACUUCACCAUCUACUACAUGAAGAUUGCAUUCUGUAACCCGACCAAAGAGUCAGUUGAAGACGUCUUCCUGUGUCACGCCAGUAUCAAGUUCCCCGAGUUCACACAACAUCACACCACCAGAGACAUGACUGUGAAACAGAAGAAGCAAUCUGCAGAAGUUUGUGGCGCGCUCGUCUCACUAAACUACAGGAAGGUGUCACUGAGCAGCAGAGAAGAAGAGAGAGGCAUUGCAUUACGAACAACGAGAAUUCAGAUUUCAGCUGUAACCUCCAACAAAAGCCAAGAUGUGAACUGUCUCAUGGUGGACUUGUGUGACGUGAAGCCCAAAAGUGUCUUGGAGUCCAAAAUCAAAACAUGCAGCAUGAAGCUGAAGACGACCGAGAGGUCAGGGUUCACGCUGUGUCUGGAUAAAGACUCACGCAGAACCUUCUAUGAAGUUCAAAGUAUCGAGAUCAAGCCGUGUAAAGAUCCGGGAUAUUACAUUCAAAAGUCCAUGAGGUCAAAGUUCACAACAGGAGACGACACCGACUCAGGACUGAGCAAGUUUAUGAGUCGAGGACUUCCUCUUUCCAUAAACACCUUCUCAGGCAUCAUUUCCUGACAGAAAAACAAAGCAGGAAGAAGAAAGGCACUUUGGUGGACACUGAGCUAACCGCUAACUGCUAAUUAACUGUGGCCGUUAUAUUGUGUGGUUAUAUUUAACAUUAUGUUCAUAUCAUACAUGAUAUGAAGGCCACGGUUUCCAUGCUGCUAAACACACACACACACACACACACACACACACACACACACACACACACACACACACACAGAGGAUACAGUAGUUUUCCUCAGCGUGUUUAACAAAAAAAAACAGACAAUGGAGCUGUGUGUGUUUAAAACCACAACUAUCAGAAUAACUUCCUCUUCCCUUCUCAGAAAUAAUUUUCUGACAAAUGAAGAGGAAAGGAAACGUUUAGCUAACUGCUAACUAUUAGCAACAUGCUAACACACUCCAUUGAUAGGCCAAUAAUAAAGAGUGUUAAUAACAACUGAACAAAUGUCAGGGAGUGAAAUGUUCACCUCAUUCACUUGUUGAUGUUUUCAGUCAUAUGUUCGAUAAUAUGGACGACACGACAUGUGUACAAACCUGCAGCGAAAAUGAUUUUAUGCUAACUUAUAAACGGUGGGCAUUUUCUUUCUGACACGCACAUCAUGUCACAUGGCUGUUUAACUGGAAAGUACUAUUAAGUGUUCAAAAAAAUUAGUAAAAGUUUGCAUUAACUUACUGUUACAUAUACCGUUGGAAUGUCAUUGGAGUGUGUUAGCUAAGAAUAACACAUACUUGCCAACCCCUGAGAAUGAAAAGCGGUAGAUCAGAUUGCAUGACAUAGUCAUAGUGGGUCCGGGGGCAUGGCCAACUGGGAAAUUUUGAAAAAAAAAUGUGUUGUAAAACUGUGUUCUCUGCACUCUGAGAGCCAUAUUUGAAGAAAACAGAUGGAGAAAUUGGACCGACGUAUUGCACAUAACACUGCUUUUCACCUCAGUGCUUUGAUGCUGAUGAGCCGAUGACCAAGUCGCCUUGAACUUGUCAUAGCGAAUCUUUUUUUCUUCAGAGUUUUAUUGUUCGUGAUCACCAGAGCGUGUUUGGUUUUUAUGAAUAUUGGUGUGAUUUGUUGUAACAUGUGACCUCAUUGCUGAUUGGCUAGAACCGUAACGAGAGUCGAUGGAACGGCGCGAUAGAGCGAUACGGUUUAGAGUCAAUAUCAUUAUCGCCGUUCCACUGGCUCUCGGCUUCACUUCAUAUGACUAUCUGACGCUGUAGACUCGUAUCCUCUGUGCUGAAAACAGAUGAAGUGAGAGCAGAAGAGCAAAUCCAACAGUGUUCACUGAUUAUUUUGUAAUGCGGUAGUUUUCAGAACUAAAAGCAGUCGGCGGUGUUCACCUGUCAGAAUCAGUAGACUACCGCGUGAAUCAGUCGAGUUGGGAAUGAUGUGUAACUGGCUAGGAGCACGAUAAAUGAUUAAAUACAGCCACGCGGCCAGCAUUACACCAAACAGAUGUCUGUAGAGUAAACAGCUAGUCAGCGUUUACAUAGCUACGUUUACUCUAUAAAAUAAGAUAUAAAACACAAUAAGGUAUUAAAUUAAAUAGAUACUGAGCUCAAGCUUAGAUCUUAUCUUUAAACGUUUAAUGUAUAACAAUUAGCAAUUUCAUUACCACUGAGUUUUAUCACUCCAACACUAACACAGUGUGACAAUCAGCUAAUUUGCUGAAGCGUUGGUUUGCUAAAUUGAACACUUGCUAAUUGCCUUGUUUGCUAACUAUCUAUUAUGCUAAAUAACGACUUUGCUGCUGAGCUAGCACAAUAAUUAGCUCGCAGUGUAAAGUAUCAAAGCAAUAAAACGCAAUGGAAUAUUAUUGGAAAUCGGAACAACUUUAUCGCUCCUGAUGAUAUGUUGUUUUUUAUUUUAAAAAUGAAAGCAUCAAGGGGACUCAAUCGAGGGGAAGUGGAUGAGUGCACAUUAAAAACAGCACUGAUAUCAGUAAAAUAUAUUAAAUAAUCCAUAUAAAAUACUAAGGGGAAUUUUUAAAGAAGAAAAUAAAAGUUAAAAAAUAACAAAUUGUUUAAAGGCAGGUGUUACACUAGUGCAGUGGAUUUUAACUUGAACUUUUUUCUUUUUUUUCCAAAUCGUGACAGAUUUGAUUUGAGUUUCGAGCACACUAGUUUCACUGUAAAAGCUGUAAUUGUAAAUUGUGAAUAUUUGUAUGAUAGUUGAUUUGGCUUUUAUUUUUGUACGUCCCCGGAUGUUGUGAUUAAAGUUUAGUCCUGAAAAUGAAGCUUUAUUUACGAACUGUAUGUAUAUGAAUAGAAAUAGCAUAAAUG